AUGGCCGAAGAGACUCUCUAUUCCACGGCUGGGUGGGGUUCUGGCCAGAUCCUACUCUUCACGACCCUGCACCUGCUUCACAAAAUUCUCCGGUUCUUGGGGGUGCUGCUGGCUGUGAUGGUGACCCGGGACCAAGGCGCUCGAUGCGGCCUACGAAAGGCCUGCCUCCAAGACGGUUCCAGACCUAGCACCAUGGAGAGCGGUCGUUGGGACAACGAACCUUUUAACAGGGAGGGGUGUAACAGGAGCUCGGGUCCUCCAGGCGGUCCGAAGGCCAAUCGUUCUGUGCAGCAUCUGGGGCCUGCUGGGGACAAAGCCAUACCAGCACGGCCAAACCACUGCAUUGCCUGGACCCUGACCUUUUAA